UAUUUAACCCUUUAGUCUCAAACAUGGAGACAGAAGAGUUGAAGCAUUCUACUACUGCGGGUCCAAUCUCGGAGCAACAGAGCUCAUCCUCGGCGUCAUCUGUGGCUCAAGCAAAAGGAAUCCCCUCUGCCAGCAAAGGUAACCGUCCAAACUACAGUCUGAAGUUUACGCUGGUUGGACACACUAAGGCAGUCUCUUCGGUAAAGUUCAGUCCUGAUGGCUCGUGGCUUGCUAGCUCUUCUGCUGACAAGACUGUUAAGAUUUGGGGAGCAUACGAUGGGAAGUUUGAGCGGACAAUCGUUGGACACAAGCAAGGAAUAUCUGAUGUAGCUUGGUCACAUGAUUCAAGAUACCUAGUGUCUGCCUCUGACGAUAAAACACUUAGACUAUGGGAAGCAGGCACAGGCAGAUGCUUAAAGACACUCAGAGGUCACACAAACUUUGUUUUUUGUUGUAAUUUUAAUCCUCAAUCAAACAUAAUCGUCUCUGGCUCUUUUGAUGAGAGCGUGUGUAUGUGGGACGUAAAGACUGGAAAGUGUAUCAGAACCUUACCAGCCCAUUCAGACCCUGUCUCUGCUGUACAUUUCAAUAGAGAUGGCUCACUAAUAGUCUCCAGUAGCUACGAUGGACUCUGUCGAAUUUGGGACACAGCUUCUGGGCAGUGCCUUAAGACUUUAGUAGAUGAUGAGAACCCUCCUGUCUCUUAUGUUAAGUUCUCUCCCAAUGGAAAGUAUAUUUUAGCAGCAACGCUUGACAAUACUCUCAAGCUAUGGGACUUCAGUAAAUCAAAGUGUUUGAAGACUUACACAGGACACAAGAAUGACAAGUAUUGUGUAUUUGCCAACUUUUCUGUCACUGGAGGAAAAUGGAUAGUCAGUGGAUCAGAGGAUAAUAUGGUUUAUCUAUGGAACUUGCAGACUAAAGAAAUUGUCCAGAAAUUAGAAGGACACACUGAUGUUGUGCUUUGUACAGCUUGCCACCCCACACAGAACAUGAUUGCGUCAGGAGCUUUAGAAAAUGACAAAACUAUCAAAUUAUGGCGUUCUGACAGUUGAAAUUUAUCGUUCAAACUCUACAUAUUAAUAAUUUCAAUUCAAAUGGCUGGCAAGUAUUACAGUCAAAAAUUGUAUCAA